CAAUGGCCUUUGAGGAGAGAGAUCCUGGUGAUCUGAAACUGCGUAUCGUGGAUUUGCUGCUUGGCCAUCCACAGGGGGUCAACUUUGGAGACUUUUCUGGGGCUUUUUACCAGCUGCAUGGCUUCCACCCGCACAUCUACCUUUAUGGGUACAGUUCACUGCGGCAGUUGAUAGCUGACAUGAAAGACCUUGUGGUUGUGGAAUGUGGUUCACAGACACCAGUCAUGAAGUUAGUAAAUGGCUUAAAUCUUGACCGCUGGCUGGAAGGAGAGGAGAAUGGCCUGCAGAACCCACAAGAGGAAUCUCAGUGCUUGAUAAAUGGGGAGCAAGCAGAACAACUGUCAGUAGGUCUGGCUGACGUCUUGGCGGCCCUCUCCAACCUCCUAACUAACUACACAUCGGGCUUGAGGAUUACAAAGCUGCAGGAAUUCCUGCUGGCCAGGGAUGGCGUUGAUCUGGAGAAAUUCAGCAUUGGCCAAGGUUACAAGGACACGCUGGAGUUCUUGGAGACCCAGAUGCCGGAACUAAACAUCAAUUACCGGGAAGACCGAUCAAAUAGUGUUGUUAAGCUUCCUGCAGGAACCUCCAUCCCUGCUCAUGGUCCUGGAUUUUCUGAAUGCAACAGAGAUGUUGUGACACAGAAGCCAAUGGCAAAAAGUCCUGAUGCUUCUGCUUCUUCUGAUAUUCAGAACUCUGUGGAAGAACCACCAAGCCAGGCACCAGUUUUGUCUGACGUAGUGGAAAAAGUCACCAACCUCCUGGCCAAAUACAAGUUUGGCUUAAAGAUUAAGAAGCUUCAAGAAUUCCUGCUGGCUGGAGAUGGAAUUGAUCUGAAGAAAUUCAGCAUUAGCCAAGGUUACACGGACACACUGGAGUUUUUGGAGGCCCAGAUGCAGGAGCUAAUCAUCCAGUACCAGGAGGACCGGCUCAGUUGUGUUGUACAGCUUCUUGCAGAUAUUACGGCAGCAGUCACCAACCUCCUGGAUAAAUACGAAUUGGGCUUAAAGAUUAGGAAGGUCAAAAAACUCCUGCGGACUAGGGAUGGAAUAGAUCUGCAGAAAAUCAGCAUCAGCCAAGGUUACACGGACACACUGGAGUUCUUGGAGGCCAAGAUGCCGGAGCUAAACAUCCAGUACCAGGGGAAACGGCUCAAUUGUGUUGUACAGCUUCCUGCAGUAGAUCCAGUAGAUCCGGUAGAUCUGUCUAACAUUGUGACGGCAGUCACCAACCUCCUGGUCAAAUACAAGUUGGGCUUGAAGAUCAAGAAGGUCCAAGAAUUCCUGCUGGCUGAGGAUGGGAUUGAUCUGCAGAAAAUCAGCAUUAGCCAUGGCUACAAAACCAUGUUGCAGUUCUUGGAGGCUCAGAUGCCGGAGCUUAUCGUCCAGCGCCAGGACAGCCUGCUCAAAUGUGUUGUACAGCUUCCUGCAGCUCCCCCACCUUCCUGCAGUUCCCCUUCAUCCCCGUUGAGUGUUCCUCUGUCCUUCGAUUUGAAGCAGCCGACAAACAGAUCAAAACCCUUGCCCCUUCCCCAAAAUGUGGAAGAAAAGAAGAAAGUAGUGUUGGCAGAAGGUGUCACGUUAGUCAACAACCUCCUUGCCAUGUAUACGUCGGGUCUGAGAGUUAAGGAAAUGCAAGAGUUCCUCCUGGCUGUGGAAGGAUUUGAUCUAGAGAAAUUCAGCAUCGCCCAAGGUUACAAAGAUUCACUGCAGUUUUUGGUGUGUCAAGUGCCUAAACUAGCCUUCAUAAACCAGGAGGAUAGACUCAGCUGUGUCGUUAAACGGAUAUCAGGUCCAGGUGUUGACUCUGCCCCUCCACUUUUGCAGCCGGCGCAAGUGACUGGUCCGAUAAACUCAGUACUAGGCUUUGGAGACAAUGCCAAGCCUUUGUAUACCGCUUGUGAUGCUUCUGCAAGUAAAUCUCAGGAUCAGAGCUUGCCAGUUCCAGCUGCUUCUGUGUCUCCAGCAGUUGAGAACGGGCGCCACACAAGCAAGCCUGUUCCAUCGCCUCCGAUUUUUGCAUCCUCUGGGAAACCUUGCAGUACGUUGCAUUCCGAGAUCGGUAGUUCUCCCCAUCUUCUCUGCCCUAACUUAGCCCAGCCGCCGAGGCCAUGCCAGUUGACUGAGCCUUCAUCAUCUAACAAAGUCUCCUGCCAAUUGGAUGCCAAGCAACUAAGGAAAUCCAUCUUGGUAAAGGACCAGCCCUCCAAGGACCUAGAAGAGGUGAAGCGGCGGGUGGCCCACAUCCUGGCCACACAUCCCGAGGGCCUGUCAUUAUUCCAGUUCCGCGUGGCAUACAGUGCCAUGUAUCAACAGCACCUGCCACUGGGCAACGCCUCUUCGGCCAAACAGUGUUUGCUGGAGAUGCCAGAUGUCGUCCGGCUGAAAGGCUGCGGAGUCCAAACGUUGCUUCUGCCCGUAUCAUCUCCAGCAUUCCCUGCAGCGCCUGGUCAGCCUGUCUCUUCCACAGUGGAAGAAACUUCUACGGUUCCUGGUCAUGUGUUGCCGCCAACCAGAACAGGGGCAGAACCUGCAGGGCCACGCAAGCCUGUUCCUCUUUCUAAGGUGCCAGAGGUGCCUCAGCAGUGCCCCAUUUCCUUCCUGGCGCCAGACCACUACAGAGAGCCAGGUGAUAAGGAAUCCUCCCUCCUCCCAGGAGUUCAGCCACUAACGGCACCGAAAACCACAAAUCCUUGGGAAGAGCGUCAGAGGGCCAGAGUCAAUGCGGAAGAUACUUCAGGUCAGCCUGAUUUGUCCAGAAAGGAGAAAGCAACGGUGGAUCCUGCUAUCGCUCUACCUAAAGCUAGCAUUGUGGGGCCACCCAAGUCAUGCCUUAAGCCUCCGGCCCAACACCCUGCAGCGAUGCCUAAGCCUCAACCCCGUCUCUCUCUCCUCCAAUCUUCUGAGCACCGUGUACGGAACAAUAACAAGGAAUGCUCAUUGUAUUCUCAGUCCCUUCUGCAGAAAGCACCCAUACCUAACCCCAAUCCAGUAUGUGCUCCCUUUCCCCAGCCCCCUGUGGUUUUCCCUACAGUCCCCCAAGCCACAAGGUGGGAUAAGAAUUUUAGACCUAGCGGCCUUGUUCCAAAACCCACACAUUUCACUAACCCUUGGAGUUUGGCUAAUGGUGCUCCUGUAGCUUUUGUCCCCCAGCCGGUUUCUGACCGUUUUCAAGCAUGGGCACAGCCGAUCGUGUGCCCACCGGUCACGUUCCUUUCUGAAAUUCCGGACCUUACCAGGAGCCCAGCGUCAUUCUUCUCAACUCCAGUAAAUCCUUCUCAAAUCCAGUUUCCAAAGACUGCACUGCAGAGCCACCUUCAGGCCCACACGGUCACCCCCAAGAAACCAGCUCAGGUUCCAUUUCCCAUCCACAGUGCAGAACAGUGGACCUAUACUCAGGGUGUUCCACAAUCAACUACCAUUUCUCAGGUGCAAAAACCAGCCGGGACCCUGCCCCCUAUUGCCGAUGUCUCCCCUGCAGGGUGGCCUCCGCUCCCUUCUUCUAGAAAAGCAGCCAGUUCCAUCUCACCCAAAUCUCAGGCUGUCCAUCAACCUCCAUGUUCUAACCACUCCUUGCAGGAUGAUUUGCAAGGUCUUUCUCUUACUGGGGCAGAGGAGAAACUUCCAGACACAACUUUGGAAGGAACAACUUCUAAGCCCUCACCAUCCAUGUAUCCAGGACAAUAUAGUGAUGCAGACCCUCUUCUAACCCCGUCAAGUACACCAUCAUUCAGUUCCCAUUCUCCUUCUCUCAUCAAUGCAUCCCAACAGCCCUCAUAUGCUUCCUCAAGUAUAAAAAAGAAUACUAAUUCACCCUCGGAGGCUCCAGCCUUCACAAAUCAGCAACAGUCCUCUAGUAGAAGCAGUGCCUUGGCUACCUCAGACACAGGACUGGCAAGUUCACCAUCGUCCCUUUCAGACCCCAUCACCAGCCCCUGCAACCAUCUCUUGCAUCCUUCAUCUAGUAUCACCAGUAAUUCUGAUGUUCUGUUCUCUGACCGUCAGUCAUUUAUCCAUUGUCAACCACACACCAGUGUGAAUGUUGCCAUAACUAUGCCAAGCACCCGCCCACAGACCUCACCGCCUUACUCGGUAGAGUCCACGACCAGCUCGUGCCACAAAGCUUCCGGUACUUUUUGGAUGGGUGGUAUUGAUGAUGAUGCUUCUGACCAAAGGAAUGCCAUGCCCACAGUUGUCAAACAAACUGGCUCCCCUUCUGUUUCUUUGCCGAGAAAACAGACACCUCACAAUUCCUCACCUCCACCCAAACAUUCUGAUAGAUGUGUUAUCCUAUAAGGGCAACCAUAAGGAGAAGAUGCUCUAGGAAGGCUUUUUCCAUCUGGAGAGGUGGGAUGAUAUAUCAGAUGCAUUGCGAGAAUGCGUUCUGAAUUGGGAAGCAGCACCCUCAUGUCUGUCCAAUCCUGCUUAGUAUCAGGAACAGGAUGUUUUGAUUUGUGCCUGGUCAUUGCAGUCCACUUAGGGGGAACUGCAAAAUUGCACCCCAGGAAACCCAGAACAGUGUGUGGGUUAGGGUGAUGUGUUGUUGCUCGGCACAUGUGGGUUCUAGUCCCCACUAAACCAUGAAAUGUACAGGGGACUCAAACUUACAAUUCUUGGUGUCUGACCUGACUGUUACAAGGGUAAAGUGGGCAUUCAGUGUAUCAUGGAUGUUGCCAAAGUAGAAGGUCUUCAUACAAACUAUAUAUAAACGUAUAUAUGUGUAUAUGCUUUCUGUACCUUGUACAGAAGACAUAGCAGAGGGGAUCAACUCAAAUGUUGGUCAGCGCCAAAUGAACGUCUACACAAAUCACGGUCAGUAGAUCCCGUUACCAUGCAUUGAUUAAUGAAUGCAUCACAAGAAUACCAUCACAAAUAUUCCCUGUUUUGGAUUGUUGAGAAAGGCUGAGGAAAUAUUUGCCUUAUGUUUGUUGAAUUUAUGUUAAUUUUCAUAAGAAAAUAUUUUGGAAUACUGUAUAUUUUAAUGUAUGUAUAUGCUUGUCAAGUCGAUUUUGACUAAUGGUGACCCUUUCUGGCAUUCUCUAGGUAGAGCAUACAUAGAAGUGAUUUAGUAUUCUGUUCUUCUGGCUGCGCUCUAGGAUUGUGCAGCUUAUGACUCCUUGAACGGGUCACAGUGAGGAAUCGAACUUCCAACUCUCUGGCUCUGCAGCCAGAUACUUAAACCACUGAGCUAUCCAGUCAGCCAGCUGAACAUGUACUGUAGUAAUUUACAAUAUUUUUAAAAAUCGGAUCUUUAUUAAAGUGAUGACACACUGUUUAAUUCCAUUUCUGCAUUGGAAGGUGUAUCAACGCUUCCUGCUUUGGAUAGCCAAGUACAAGAGUUAAUGGAUCUGUAUGUCCAAGAAAUUUAAGCAAAGGCUGAAUUUUGCAGAGGAAAUAAUGAAAAUAGCUCUGCAACCUAGGAAUCUGGCUGGAGAGCCAGGGUUUGGGAGUUAUUGUGUAAGAACCAACCUAUGCAGCCUUGGUUAAACCACACAUUCCCAGAGUGAUUCUAGAAGAAGGAAACGCUAAACCACUUCUGAGUACUUCUAUACCUAAGAAACACUGGAAAUAGUCGCCAUAAGUUGGAAUCAACUUGCAGCACAUAAUAAUUAAUAUAUUAGUGGCUUCUUGACACAAAAGCCAUAAAAGAUAUUCUGGUUUAGUUUGUUCUGAUAUUUGUGCCUGUGCCACCAAAAAUAAGGAUAUGCCUGCCUAAGCACGCAUAGCUGGGAACAUUGGAUAUCAUUCAAGGGAUAACCUUGCCUCAGGCUUCCAGUGUUCACAUUCUGUUACUUGAAGUGUACUUUGGGAUACCUGCUACUUCAAAUAUGGGCCUUACUUUAUGUGUGUCAUGAGUGUAUAUCAUUUCAGUUCGGAAUUUGAUUAAGGAAUAAUGGUUGGUACUGCCACCCAGUUAAAGAUCCGAGAUACCAAAUUGCUUCUGACGCGACACUACAUGUUACCUCAUGAUUCCUCAUAUUAUGAGAAAUGUUCUAAUUUCCCAUCGUAAUUGAGAAAGCUGUGAUGCUUCCUGAAUGGCAUUUUCUAAUUGGAUCUUUACUUGCUAGAGAAUUGGAUCUUUACUUGCUAAAUAAUUGGUGCUCUGCUGGAUGUCAGUUUUUACCUGUGGAUCACACAACCUUGCUUAAGGCAGGUUUCAACAGCAGCCAUAUUUCCAUGUGAUUUGUAUUGUAAGCAAAUUAUUGAUUAUACAUUUCAUGUUUGUACUGAAGAGAGAUCUAAAAUGGCUGAAGUGGCCUUACAGGAAAGGGUGUUCUGUGAUUGUACUCCAAAGAAGUUACUUUUCCAAGAUCUCUACUCUGGAUACCAGUUCGUACAGCUCCAGAAUGAAAGGCCUCUUCAGUCCAUGAGCUCUUUGCUUCUCUCCCCCACCCCCACCAGCCAACUACCUUCAGUUCACCAGAUUCUGUCUCCAUUUCUCAUGGGAUGAAACUUAGAAUCUCUUUUUCAUCCAGUAAUGUUGAGACUUCUUCGAAUUGAUAGUUUCAUACUAUAGCAUGUGAGCUGCUUCUUUGACUUUGUGUGUGUAUCCUUUCUUGGAAGCUAUAUUUAUUACUACCUGAAUGAUUGUAUAAGACUAAAAUAACUUUCAGGCCAAAUUAAAGAAAUGACCAAAUGAUGAAACAGGUAUGCUGAUAAAUAUGGAUAUAAGACUAAAUUUACAAAUUUCAGGUAAACAAAGACUGGAAUUUUACUUUAUAUUUUUAAAAGUAUAUCUUAAUAAAGCAUUUGUUGCUCUUGAAUCAGUGAGCCCCAUA